AUGAAUGAAUCCUAUAUGAACGAACGAGAGCUCAAUGCGGAGUUCAAGCUGGAGUCCACGCGGAAGACCGUCGAGACGCUGCAGGCCCAGGUGCAACUGCUGAACAUGCGGGUUGAAUUUCUGGAGCGCCAACUGAAGGGGCCCACGCCGCAAAACCCGCCCUCGUCGAUGGCCUUUCCGCCUUCCGCGCAAGUCCCAAUGCCGACCACCUCCAACGUUCUACCCUCCCGGAUGUAUUACUGGGCCCAGGGCUUUCCCAACGCGAACGGGUUUGGCCUCCCGGAGGAGGAGGCCUACCCCAACAGCGGCAGCCCCAGUACCCGACAGGUCGAGGAGACCCUCAACCGGGUGGGGGUGAUCCCCACACUGGGGUUAAAACAACAACAGAUUUCAAUGCUCAUGGCGCAAAAACAGCGGGAUGAGGCCGUGUUAGCGAUGCUUCAAGGACAAGGCACCCCAACGGUGACCCCUACCACGUUGGGUUCGGGGAUUUAUCCCUCUCCAACCUCCGCGAUUCAGCAGCAUGCGAUUAAUCCGGACGGGAUGGCAUUUCCUGGGCCUUUUGCCGCCACCACCCCCGGUGUGGCGUUCACAAACCCGAACGCGGUAUCGGGGACAGGAGACUCGCGGCUAUUUUCCCCAACCACUGCCAUGCCUAACACGAAUGUAAAUGGCCUUUUUAAUCAAAUCACAUCGCAGAGUCUAUCCACAACGAUAACGCUCGAUCCUGCUAGAGCCACUAACGAGGCCCUCGAGCAGGCCUGCCAACAGCCAUGGCUAAAGGAGUUGUGUUUGAAAGGAUGCAAAAGUAUUUCAAACCUCAACCAAUUAUCCCAGCUACGGAAUUUGUGGAAGUUGAAUCUACAAGGGUGCGGACAGUUUGUGGAUGAUUCGAUUGUCAAAUUGAUCAGCACAUACAACAAACGUCUGAGCCGACUGAAUCUGUGUGGUUGUGAGCUUAUUACCGACGCAUCGCCUCUUUCCCAACUUUCUUUUUUAUUUGAUUUGAACCUGUCCGGCUGUCAAAUCAACAAUGACAGCUUGGCGGCGAUUGCCAACGGCUGCAGUCAGCUUAGUCGGUUGGCGAUUAACAGCUGCCCGAAGGUGACUGAUAUCUCCUGCGUGGGGAAACUCAAAGAGCUCAAACUGCUGUAUUGUCGCUAUUCUGGUAAUAUCCUGCCCGAAAGCGUCACGGAGGUUAUGAAGCAAAUUGGUAAUGGGCUGUUGACCCUUAACGUCGACGGGUUUAAGUUCGAGGACCUCGACGUCUCGCAGUUCCCACCCGUGACCGCGCUCAAGAAUUUUAACCUCAAAGACAACGUCGGGGUGGUCUCCUUAGAGUGGCUAACCUCCGCUGAAGGGGCGAGCAAAAAAUUUGCGGUGCUUGAAAUGUUGGAUGUGGAAGGUUGUGCAAAUCUCAGCAAACUCGGCGAUCUUUCAGUGCUUUCCUCAUUGAAGGUGCUCCGCCUGAGCCAUACGGCAAUCGAUCAAUCCGAAUUGGUAAAGCUCAACGCCUGCAAAUCUCUCACGGCGAUUUAUAUUGAGGGCUGCCAACGGAUACAACAAUUAGGCUCUCUUGUACAUUUACCCUCUUUAUCUAAAGUCGUGAUUGACCAUAAACUUGCUGAAGUAACUACAUCUAUAAAUGGAAUCCAAGAUCUAUCUGCACGAGGAGUAGAAGUAGUGGUAUCUAGAAACGCUACAAACUCUGGUCAUCGUGGUGGUCAAAAUUUUAUGCACUCUAUUACAUCACCGGCACUUUCUCCGACCAAUUAUUUUAUUCCCCCAAUUCCAAGCGCAGCCCCUGGUAGCAAAACCUCACCAUAA